AUGGCAGAACAAAGCUCAUCCCUUGUAUGCUGCGUAUGCACUCAAACAAAACCCUCGGACGAGUUUACGCCCAAUUUCCCUGAACCCGUUUGCAAGGACUGCGAACCAUAUGGUGAUCUCUCCUGGGUUCUCAGAACUCACCAGGUUGCGCUGGACAAGGCCAAACGGCUCCGACAGCGUCUCGUCAACAAGGCGGAGAGGAUCAGAGGAAUUCUUCAGCCACAGUACGAUGUCAAGGUAUCGCAGAAUGCCGAAUUCCUCCGGCUUCUAAUUAACCACAUGGACCGUUGGUUGAAGUGUUUCGAAGCAGACCUUCUGGAUUCGAAGACAUUGCUGUCCAAACAUUGCGAUUCCGACAGAGUCACGCUUGACCGGGGCUACGUUGCAGAUGGGCGUCUGGUCCUACUUCAGAUAAUGAAGGAAACUUAUGCCUAUAAACAACAAUGGGACGAGUUGUUACGCAACAACCAAGAACCAGAUGAUCUGAAUCGUCCAGAGUUCACCAAGGAAAUGCUCGUGGAUAUUAUAAAGAGAUGCCCUGUUAUCCAAUAUGGCUCAUUGUAUGAUGAGAGAGAAUUCGCAAGUUCCAAGCGAGCUAAGCGCUGCUACGAUGAUGUAUGGCUGCUGGAGAAUGUUGGGAAUCGAUUUAUUUCCUUCAGCGAUGAGCGAAAAGUAUCCUUGAAGCGAAGAAAGGUCAAGCUGAGGUACGGUCCAGUCUCGGCGGUUAUCACGAGGGAGGACCUUGACCCUGAGCCCGAGCAAGAUCUUACUGGUUUCUUCUGUAUAAAGCUAGAAAGAACAAAGCAAGAGACAAGCCUUAUAAUCUUCGCAGCACUCCCUCAUGUUAUGAGAGUUAAUUACGCGCUGCAAAGGGCCUAUAGCGAUGUCUUUGCUGUAUUGAGAAUGUUGCCUCUGAGUCAGCUAGGGUGGGCUUACGAGUACCGACAUCAGCUUGCGGAUCGAGCAUGGACGAGGCGUAUUAUUAAAGGGGGCAUGGGUGACGAUGAUCGCGAUAUUCUAGCCCGCAUAAGUGACUUUUGGACGGAUAGGCCCGACCGUGAAGACAGUCUUGACAAGGGAAAGUCGCUUUCCGGAGACGGCGAUACAGACAAAAAGUCUAGCGUCCUGGAUUCGGGGGAUGCUGUCCGCAGUACCCAGUGGCCACGAAGACAUCUAGAAAACAGAUACCCAGACAUAUGGGCCAAGACGAAAGACCUUCUUGGAGAUUAUACAGAGUUCUUCCAGCUUCUUGUCGACGCGAAAGCUAAGGGAUGUCUGAUAGGCCGCACGAUAUUCGAGCCUAUUAUACGACUUGCUUCUCGCGGUAAAGUUCAGAGGCAAGACAACUGUACCGGGGUAGUUGUAUCGGACCUCAUCUCACUACUGCCCGGCCGCCCGGUCACUAGGUUUUCGUUGCACGAUGCGAUCGAGGCUGCAUGCCGCUUGAGCUCAGAGUACUGUGUGGUCUCUCCAAGCGCUAUCGACGAGUUCCUGACUGGAAAUCUACGGCCUAUUAAGUCCUUUUUCAAAGGUGAUAUACCAGAUGGCCAGUCGCAGCCCCCGGCUUUCUUUUUCCUCCUUCCGCCGGAUGAAUAUCCUCAAGAGUUGGCGGUAACUGCCCUGACUACAACCUAUGCUAGCACUAUUAUUAUCGGUAUUAAAAACCGAGACAUAGGCAAACAAUCUACUUUCGAGGCAACUCUAACGAAGAUCUGGAAAGGACUCUUCCCGCGUAAGCACGAGAUUGCCCGCCGGUUUAUGUAUCUGGAGCUCGAUGGGAGGUCUAAGCCAGAAGUCUCAUCCUUGCUGAUUAGGUCCGCUCUCGAAAUCAGCCAACUCCGUAACUUACCAGACUAUUUCGAGCUGGCUGCUGGUAAUAAUGAUAAGGACAAGCGCUUGAGGAUUAAGCGUUGGGCUCAGAGGGAAGGAUCAUCGAAUAACUUCCGUGUUCGAGCUGCAGAAGCCAUCUGCAGACACUGCAGCUCAUUCGGCCCUCUUCUGUUGCUAGGACAAGCUGAUCCACGUGUUCGAUCGGAAAAAUCGACGUCGGAUGAUGGGGAAUCCUCGAAAGACAGCGAGACUAGCGACGAAGAUGAUAGCUUGGAUUCACAGGAAGAUGGCACUGCAUUGGACUUCGAUGCUAUCACCACAGACUUCAACAAUUUCGACAUGAGUGAUGCGGCCCGAGUAGAGGAACUUGCCUGCCUUGCAUUUGAAAGAAACCCAGCCCAGAGACUUCAGUUUACGAUAUCGAGCAAAGACGAGUUGGAAAUUUUGCAUUCACGGGAUAGUCCAGACUCACGUACAAGGGGCCAGGAGCACCAGGAUGAAGCUGACCUGGAUAUGAAAGCUCGUAUUUCCCGGUAUAGACGCUUCUUCCGGCAAAUUAUAUCGAAUAUCGCUAAAUUAAGCCUUAUUUCGUAUACCCCCAAAUUCCGCACGGCCUCUAGCUUGUUUGUGUUCAAAGAUUUUGCUUGGCUUCGGUUUAUGGCUGCAAAUUCGUCAGAGGAAGGUAUCAAUCGCCUUUUAGCCUUGAUGACCGAUUUCUCGUUUCAUAAUAAGGCAAUCCAGUACAUCCUUGGCGGAAAAACAUGGCCAAAAGCAAUGUUCGACAUGCUCCCCAAGGUCGAGAUCAGCCAACCGAAAACAUUGUCUAUGAAUUAUGGGCAGUACCUGGGCAUAGCUCCCAUGCUCAGCGGAGACUACUGGUUUUAUGCCGGAAGCGCAACUCAGAAGACGCCUAGUAUCGAUACCUCCACAGGUAUGGCUGCUAGGAUGCUCCAUGGCCACCAGGCCAUUCUCAAAAACGGUCAGGAUUGGAUCAAAAAUGCGAGGCGUAAGGGAUACUGCGGAGUACUUUUUAUACAUGAGAAGAUGGCUGCCUCCGAUAGACCGUUCUUCGUCUCGAUGCUUGAAUAUCCACAGCAAAAGACGUCACGACUGGACAGUCUGACACGCUGCCUUUGUCUGCUCUCAGAGUGUGUUGCAAUGGUCUACUUAGACCUGUGCACAGCAACGUCAAAUCUGACAAGUAAUUCCAGCCACAUACAACGGACUGCAUUCCUUGCACCUCUACUUCGACCUCGGGGCCUCCCUUCGCUCCCAGGGUUUGGCGCAAACCGUUGUCUGCCCAUUCUGCAAACGUUCAAACCAGGCUGGAGCUUGUCCAGAUCCUCCGACAAUCGCACAGAACAACUCAACACCCUUUUGAAGGAGCACUGGGAGAAGACCGGCUCAAAUGUCCUGACUGACGCACAGGUCGAAAGUAUUUGCAAGCGAAUGGAUUGGAAUAUCGUAGCUAGAAGAAAACUUGUGGAGAAAAGUUACCAAUCCUUCCUUCUGGCACGCGGCCAAGUUUACGAAUAUACCAAGCCAAGUCCAUUGAAGGAGUCCACCUACCUGUGGUCUGCGAUAGUCCAGUCUGUCGAGGAGGCUGGUACAGAGUUAGUAGAAAAGGACGGAGCUUAUGAUCUGGACUUUCGAAGUCUCAAUCUCAGCCGAGUAUCACAGAUAGCGACUGAGGCAGCCCCGCCGGAGAUGAAGAACUACUUCACAAAGAGCCGUUGCCAUUCGCUCUUGCAUGAUACUAGCACCCAUCGUAGCAAGAUGAUUCAUCGCCUUUUCCUCUUGCCGAGCAAUUGGGUCCAAUUGCAACAGGGUAACCUAAAGAUUGACAACAUGCAAAACUAUCUGACAGUGGCAACAUCCAUCAGGCGCAGGAUAACGGAUGUUACCCACCGCAUUAUCCACAAGUUUCUAACUGAUCACCAGCUGGUAGAGACUAGGAGCGAUAAGUCGGUGUGGUUAACUACGAAGCCAGCCUUCGAGAGCACGGAGCUUGUUACACUUGCUAUACAACAGCUCCAGGUUGACACGCACAUAGACCAGAAUGUGCAUGUUACGACGGAAGCAUGGAGCAGCAUUCGACUGGAAUAUCUUAUUGGCGAAGUGAUAUCAAAGGCAUUGCGAACUCUUCUGAACCCGGGUCUGCCCCGAAAGGAAUGGAAGGCCUGGUCCCGUUUGACGGAAGUCGAGAGCGGAUGGAUCAGCGACUAUGGACAAGCACAGCCUGAGAUGAGUUCCUCCUACAGCGUGUCAGGUCCCGCGGUGUCCAUGAUCAAAGAGGUGGCCGAUCUAUCUGCAGAGGAAUUGGAAACCCUGAGGAGGAUUCUUGCGCAGUCAGUGCGGUCCACUGAUGAGACUCUCUCUGGCGAACUGCCACAAUUGCCUCAACCGCUACCAGAGAAGGAUAAAGCUGUUGAUAAUGGGUUCUUCCGGAUCCUGGAUCGUGAUGGUCAAUAUCAUAAGAGCGAGAUCUUUAAGAUUACUAGUCGUCCUCGUAUACAAAAGACUAGCAAAACACCACCACCGGGCACAGCAGACUAUCUAGAGGGCUGGGAGAUUAUUCCCACCGAGUCAGAAGGCCUUGAAUGUGGUCUCUUUGCUUUGGUGCACAGCUUGGAGCACCAGAUGCCGAACUUGACGACACCCACAACGUCGGACCUUAGAGACAUCGUGAACGGGCAAUUAAUCACUGGCCGAGCCCUUGAAGCGGGUGUCGCCCACCACACCAACAACUUCGCAGUCGACCAACUCGCUGCCGCGCUGAUGGAAUGGGGGGACUCUAUAGGCACAGCGCUGCAACUAGGAUACAUCACCCCGACUGGGCCGCCAGUGGUGGUAUUCCCUGAGUCCGGCCGCAGCACCCUGUGGAUUUUCAAUGACGAGGCUGAGGCAUCUGGACCUGACACGAUAAAUCACUACUCAGGCCUAAAGCCCCGUAUUGUCGCCGACAGCCAGCCGCAACUAGCCAUGAAGAGGACGCACAUACGGUUCGGAAUCCAUGCAAAGGACUUCCCCAGCGAGCAAGAGUGUCCAAGAUCAUUGUCCGGGUCGAUGUUAUGCAUGCCAGAGGAACGAGCGGCCAUGCGAAAAGAGCAAUCCGUCCAAGAGGCAAUGCGUACCAUGUCAGGAAAUGGGAUGCUUAUGUGA